CCCGCCCACCGCCUCGCACAGCGACGUACCCCAAUUUCCUCUUCCUUGACAUAACAGCUGGUAGCAGCUCAAGAUGGCCGCUGCAACCAUAGCGGGGCUUGAUCAUCAUGGGCUUGAUGCCCACAGGAUGGAGGAAAAGAAGAUCGAAUACUUCUCUUCGAUCAACUCUAUGGCCAGGAAAAUAAUGCAGGAGAGGGAGAAAAUCAAAGCCAACCACGGCUCUUCCUGGGAGAAGAUGACGCCGCAAGAGCAAGACAAUGCUAUCGACAACUGGAUGAUGGAUCCUCAUAUCCGAGCCCGAUACGCUAUGCACAGAGUUGACCGUGAAGAAGUGGUCUGUUACCCUAAACUGCUCAUUCAGACCGGUCAGAAGAUAGUGCAUUUCGGAGAAGAGGAUCUCACCUGGCAAGAUGAACAUUCUGCCCCUUUCUCAUGGGAAACCAAGAGCCAGUUAGAGUUCAGCCUGACAUCAGGCUCUGCAGACCAGGUGAUCUCAGCCCCACAGGCAGAAACCAAGCCUGCAAAAGGUUCUAAUUCCAGCCAGAAUGGAAAGAGCACACCAGCUACCAAGGCGUCUGUCAGUGAGGCCUGGCGGCCAGAGGAAGAGUCAUCUUUCUGGAAGAUCAGCGCUGAGAGAUCCAGGCUGGACGGAGAGAAAGCUGAUUUCCAGUCUCUGACCCCCAGCCAGAUCAAAUCCCUUGAGAAAGGAGAGAAACCCCUCCCUUCCUACCUUCGACAGGAGACCUCUGUCACCCCCAAAGAGCCUGAGGCAACAGACCCCCACCCUCUAGCUUCUACCAGGUCCACCAAACAGCGGGCACCCAAGCCUCCUGCUCCCCAGCCCCCUGCCCCAGCUGCUGUUAGUGCCACUCCGGCAUCCAUCUCCAUUUCACCCAACCCAGCCCCACCCGUCAGCGCAUCCUCAACAGUGGCAGGAUGGGAGCGAUCCCAGAGCACCCUGCCGUCGGUCGGCAACACCCUGGAUGAAAUGUUCUCCUCUAGCUUGAUGUCCAAGCCCUCCAACCUGUCCACCAGUGUGGAGAAGGAGAAAGAGGAAGAUGGUUCGCCUGGCUUUGACGCCAGCCCCACCUUUUCCCAGUUCAACACAAGCAGCAGCAUCCUUAAGACUGGAUUUGACUUCCUAGACAACUGGUAAACCACAGCCAAGACCAGUCCCUGAAUGAAUCAUCCUCAUCAUCACUCUAAAGAAGGACCACACUGCCAUGACUACAGACAUCCACUUUUAUUUAAGGAACAGCUGUCUUUUAAAUUGUUAUUGUAAUUAUCUUCAGUGGCUUGUUAAGACAUGAUCUCACCGCCUGUGUGCUGGUGUUCUCCCACACUAGAAGAGUUGCCUCUCCUCUCUGACAAACAUCCUCUAUCCACCAAAUGUAGAGUACGCAGCGAUUAAAACUGUGCCGUCCCCCCCCCCGCACUGUGCAUUCACACUGUGAUAAAUUUGGCUGAGGGGUUACAUCAUUUUUGAAAGAUUUGGGAACUGCAGCCAUGAUCUCAGUGAUACUUAGUCACUGCAUGUUGUUGUUGUAUUUAAAUGUCCUAAAAGUAAUUUUUCUUGUGGCAUCAUAAUGGGCAUGUGGCCAGGGAAAAGACAGGUGCAGUCAGAUUUGUGAUUUGAGGUCAAUAUGUAAAUGAAAGUGUAUUUAAUUGCAUCUGAAUUUUUGGGGACACGUGCUGUCGGGUUAGUUUUCUCUACUUUGGCAAAUCAUUCCAGCUUUGUUCUUGUGUUUUGGUGUUCUGUUAGCAGAGCUAGCUAGGUGGCCACAAUAUUAAAAACUAGCAAAAAGCAGGAAACCAUAUAUCAUUUUGAGAACUAGCUGGCAAUCCUAGCUCUAGCUGCUCCCCAACAAUAGUUGUCUCAUCUUAGCCUUUCAAAUAAAAACUUUUAUAGAAAUGGGAAGGUUAAAAUGGCUGGUACAAACUCUUGAGCCAUAUUACAAUUCCCAUUAAGAGCACAUGAAAUGUCAUCCUACGUAGCAGAGAGAUAAAGAACUGUGUAACUCUGUUGUUCUGCUGAUUCCAGGAAGCAUUUGACCUGUGGCCCCUUUUUCUCAUUUAAGUUCAUGGACCUCUGUACAUGCUGGCCUCAUGCCCCUGCUAAGUGCUGAUCAUGUCGUCUGCAGUGUGAAUGCACAGUGAUCAUUUGACUUUGCUGCCUUGGUGAAUUUUCGUCUGUGUAAAACACUAAAUCCCUCAUGCAUUUUUUUCUAUUUAUGUUUUGUUAGAGUAUGAAGAAUUUGCUCUCUGAUAUGCUUAUUUAUACCUAUAUAUUCCUAAGAACUUAAGACUAUUUGGGUUAGAGUAGUGCUGCAGUCCUGGCCCACAUAUUCCACAGACAACAUUCCUCCUGGUUAAGGAAUUCCUGAAAUAUGCUAUUCUGAAAGAUGUUGUUUAGAUGGAAUUUUAUCAUUAAGUAACUUUGCAGGAAUAUUUCAGGAUGUAUUGUCAGCUUUCACUCAUUCAUUGAAUUAGAUGGUGGUUUUCAUCCCAGCUAAGGUCAAAACCAGACUUGUUCUCUUUGGGGUGGAAAAAAAAGAAACGGGAGGGAAGAACAGCCAUGGAAGUGAUCGAACUUUGCCAUGGAAAACUCAUGGACUGAAUGUCCAGGCUGCUGUGGGAAACGUACAGAUGUCCAGUAUGGAUUUAGCUCCCUGACAACACUUGCUCACCACCCCCACCCCCCCCAAAGCUGCCACCUGUUGCCUCACACUACUGCUGAGCAAAGCUAGUGUGCAUAGAUAAUGAAAAUAAGACACGCUCAAACAUUGUUUUAGAUAAACAGGCAGGUAUGUGUAACACUUGUCAUAGAGUUUACAUGACUAGAGUACUAUUUUGCUGAAUUUUAUAUUUAUCUGCUGAUUGUAUCUUCUGCUAUACAUGUAUAUGCAGUCACAGAUUGGAAGGAAGUAAAUAAAUCCAAGUCUGCAUGG